AUGUCGUCAGAGUUUUUCCACCUUCGCUCGUUUUUCCUUUGCUCUCUCAAGUCGCUGCAUCGUCAUCCAUCGUCAUCCCCAUCGUCAUCGUUCAAUGAACAGCGCGCACAUCGCAACAACCAUAUUCUUAGGCCUGAACUCACGGGCUCGUGCCUCUAUUUCACAUACUGUCCCCUCUGGGAGCCGUUAGCCACCCGAACCCUCUUGUUCCCUUUCGUUCCUUGCGAUCGGGAAGACUCGAGAGAUCGUCAUCGGGCGCCAUCUCGCUGCUGUCCGACUUCCUCACCACCACAACGCAGUAGGCUCGCGCCUGAUUCUCAUUAUACCAUGUCCGCUCCCGCUAGCAAGGCUGCAUCCCCGCAGGCUGGCCUACCUGCGUCCAGAACCGACUCGCCAAUGGAUGGGAACGACUCGACAAAGGCGGAGGGUGGGAUCCGGUCAGAAGAUCGUGGAGCAGCAAACCAAACGGAGUCUACUGAGGCCGCAGCUACUACCGGAGCAUCUGUAGAUGCCUCGCAGGCCAUCGCGUCCCCGCCAAAGCCAGGACAGGCCGCUGACGACGCCAACGGUGAUUAUUUCUCAGGGAUCCAUAACACCUCUCAUCUAUCCUUUGAGCCCAACCCAUUCGAACAGUCCUUUGGGAACCCGACCUCUGACACCCCGGGGAAAUCUCUCCUUCCUCCCGUCGCUUCCUUGACAUCUCCUGCAUUGCCAGGCACAUCGACCACCGGGGGGUUUAAUUGGACAAAUUCACUUCGUGCAGGCCCGCUGAGCCCUGCUAUGCUUGCAGGCCCUGCUGGAUCAAAUGACUACUUUGAUGGUAUCACUCGCGGGUUCCCAACCCCUAACGAGUCGUCAUUGCGCACAGGGUUGACUCCUGGCGGUGGGGGCUCGAUGUUCCCAAGCCCUGGCCCAUCUGCAUUACUCCAACAGAUGGCCAGCGGAAACGCCACUCCCACGACCUUGGAUUUCCAGCGAACCGCGCUCAAUGCGGCAAGGAAAAACGGAGCUCCUCCACCUCCUCCUACUUCGAAUCCUCAGGAGCAAGAUUCGAUUCUUCAGCAGGUGGCUGUUUCAAUGGAUAUACCAAAAUCUGCACCGCAGUCUUAUCCCUUUGCCCAUGCGGACGCCACUGACGCUGCCAAUGGUCUCUUCAUGCUAGCCAAAGGUGCCCAGGCCACGAGCAAUCCGUUCCCAGGUCCAACCUCUCAGCCAAUGCAGAUGCCUCUCCGCAAUGGUGAGGCUCAUGGCCCACCCAUGAAUGGCGUCUCCUCCCAAACUAAUGGCCAAAAUGGUGCAGCACCACCUAGCAACGGGAAUUCAUCAGACGGCCCCGAGACGUCGAAGAUCAAUACCCGUAGUAAAGGCAAGAGAGGCGUCGCCGCAAAGGGAGGCGCUGCAAACGGCCGGCGAAAGGCGGAGGACAUUCCUAAAGCCUCAAACAAGCGACAGAAGGCCGCAAAUGGUGCCGCUGCCGACAAGCAACAUCUAACUGAUGAUGACUCCGUCGAUCUUGAUAAUCUUGAUAAUUUUGAGAAUGGCGAACUUGAUGCCGCAAUUACUGGCGCAUCUGGCACCUCCAAGAAAAAUAUGACUGAUGAAGAAAAGAAGAAAAAUUUCAAAGAACGUAACAGGGUUGCCGCGCUCAAAUGCCGUCAACGAAAGAAACAAUGGGUUGCUACCCUUAUAAGAAAAGCGGAGGCAUUCUCCAGCGACAACGAGGCACUAUCGGGCCUCCUGGAUAAAGCAAGGGAAGAAAACGCCAUGUUGAGAUCAAUGCUCGCCGCCCAUAAAGAUUGUCCUAUCGGCCAGUCCCAAGGCCUAAGUAUCAUAUUGAACGGAAUGCAAGUUCAAAUACCGAAUAAUGUGCCCAAUGGGAUGCCAAACAAUGGACAGAAUGGUAUGCAGAACAGCAUGCAAAAUGGCAUUCAAGAUAUCCUCCCGCCACAGAACUGGCAGAUGCGACGAUAG